UGAAGUGAGGCCAAAACUCAGAAGUCCAACCAAUGACUUAUUCCUCAGGUUCAGAUCUCUGUACUCAUGCAUAUUUGCAGGAUGGCGUACUGGGAAACAAUUUGAUCAACAUUUUUCCGUUUCAAUGCAAAUUGCUCAACCUUGUCCUUUUCGUCAUAUACUAAGGCUUCAUUUGGAUGGGGAGAAAAGGACAGAAAAGAAAGUAUCCUGAGAGAAAGUCUUAUCAUUUCAUUUUGGGAGUGAGAAGCGAAAUGAACGGAUAAAAGUCCCUCUAAUUGGUGAAAAUUUUUCUGCCCAAAAUUGGGAAGAAAAGGAUGGAAACUUGUUGGGCACCAAAAAAUAUUUUUAAUAUGACAAUUUUAUCCUUUAAAAGCUGAUACAAAAAUUCAUUAUUUCCAAUAUAUCCUAAAGUUGAUUUGUAAAAGCACCGAUGUGCAAAGCUUUCUCAAUCCUAUACUUUCAAUACUUCCAACUAGUUGAAUUCACUUGGCUUUCUUCCGUUCUUCACUCACAAUUCAAUAACAAAAGGUAUUUUUUUUUACUCAAUCUCUUCUUUCUUUCUAUGCUCAGUCUUCUCUAGAGAAUUGUGGUAAAAGCAUCUUUUGUGUAGAUUGUUAUUGUUUAUAUUCUAAAUUUUUUAUUCAUUUUCAGUCAUAAAAUUCUUGUCAAUGAACUCUUGAUUUUUAUAUUAUUGACUUGUGAUUAUAUAUUGCAUGGUUAUGGUACAUGUAAGCUUCAGUGGUGAUAAAUGAAUAUGAAAUUUGAAUGCAUACAAUCUGUUUGUUUAUUUGCCUAUGUAAGCUUCCAAUUGUAAAAUGAUCAUUCUAGAGUCCAUAAACAAUAUGUUAGCCACUUUUUAUUGUAACAAUGCAUCUUUCUUUGAAAUGAUUAAAAAGAUGAUGAUACUAGAAGUAUUAUUUUUUUGAUGUCUUUUGUUGUUAAAAGUGUUCUGUUGUAUUUAAACUGAUCAGUACAUGAAGGUACCAAUGCUGAUAAUAACACGCAAAUGUAAAUGACAAGUACCAAUAACGAGCUGAAAUUUAACACUUGAGUAAAAAUGGGCAAAUAGUUCCAGUUGCAAAAAAAAAAAAAAAAAAAAAAGAAGAACAAGUUAAUGCAAAGAAGGCAAGAAAUGGAUGUAAUCAGAAAGUUACAUGUCUUGAAAGCUGCUCAAAGCAUUUUCCCUCUCCCAUCUCCCCUCCCCCUCACAAGUAUGAAAAAAAAAGCCCAAAAGCAUAUGAUAAAAGGAAAUUAAUUAAGGAAAGAAUUAGAGGAAAAAAAAUAAGGUGAGGAGUGAGUUUCAGCUUAGCAAAAACACUAGCUGAAACAUGUAUAAUGGCAUUUCCAGUCAACAUCAAAAUCAUAUGUCAAGAAUACCUAAAAGAUACUACAAGGACUUGAGGCGAUUUACAUGCAUGCAAGAGAAUCAACGUCUAGCAAGAAAUUUGUUUUAUUAUUCACCUUGUGGGAAUGCAUAUGCAAUUGUUUUAGAAAUUUGUCUUACCUAAAUAUUGGAACAAGAAAGCUAAUCUUUGGACUUUGAUUUAAAAAUUGAAAGGGCAAAUAAGUAAAGUUGUAUUCUCAUAAAAUCCAUUCUUUCCACAUUUCUCCAACUCUCAAAUAAGAGAAAGAUGUUUCUUUUCUUUUCUUUCGUUGAACUCCCAAACGAAAUAUGCAUAUUUUCCCUUCUUUUCCUUUGUUUCCUAAGUUAUCUUUUCUUUUCUUUUCUCCUCCUUCAUAAAUUCCCAAACUAAGCCUUAAUAAAAUCAUAGAUUAGAUUACUCUGGAUUCACUCAAGACCUUGAACAUUUUCAUUCCUAGAUUUACCUGGAUCCAAUAUUAAAAAGUAAAAAAGUAAAAAAAAAACUAUUUCCCUUCCUGGAAAAAGCAGAAGAUAGUGAUCUUUCUUCACAACACUAGGGGAUUUGGAAUCGUUUAUCACUAAAGUUGGUCAUCACAUGCCAACUCAAAUUGGUUAUACCAUUCUGUCUUGUAAGUAUCUUCAAUCACAUUCCCUGUCUGCUGUCUCCUUUCGUUGUGGACAAAUGAAAGUUUAUUUGUUUAGGCUAAUCAAAGUCUCACAUCAAUGAAAGGUAGAUCAUCCGAAUUUAUCAUAUUAUUAUUGAAAGGAGCUGCUUGCAGGGAUAAAGUUCUCAACAUCUUUGGGAAAACAAAUUAAGUAGACCAAGUACCUCAAAGAACUAUAAAGUCACAUUCAGUCUCAUAGGCAGAUCAGAGAUGGCAGAAUUGUUUAAUGAGCAGGCUAAACAGUACUCGGAAAGCCGGCCAACUUACCCAGAGGAGCUGUUCCAGUUCAUUGCAUCCAAGACACCGUGCCAUGACCUCGCUUGGGACGUAGGCACCGGCAGUGGCCAGGCUGCAAGAACUUUGGCUGGGAUAUACAAGAACGUGGUAGCCACAGACACGAGCCCAAAGCAACUGGAAUUUGCACUCAAGCUUCCCAACAUUAGAUAUCAAUGUACCCCUCCUAAGAUGUCUAUUGCUGAGCUUGAGCAAAAUGUCUCGGCAGAAUCAAGUGUUGAUUUAGUGACAAGUGCUGCAGCUAUGCACUGGUUUGAUCUUCCAACUUUCUACCAGCAAGUGAAAUGGAUACUAAAAAAGCCGGAUGGAGUAAUUGCAGCAUGGUCCUACGCUAAGGCGGAGAUCAACGCUGCCAGUGCUAACACUCUUCUCCAAAUACUAUACGAUAAUUGUGAUCCUUACUAUGAUCCACGAGCCAGAUAUUUCGUACAUGACAGGUAUAGAACCAUUGAUUUCCCAUUUCAGCCAGUUGAUGGGCUUGAGCACACUGGACCAUUUGAAUUCAAAACGGAACGCUUGAUGGAUUUAGAUGACUGCUUCACAUUCAUAAAGUCAUGGUCACCGUACCAAACUGCAAAAGAUGCAGGAGUUGAACUCUUGAGUGAUGAUGUAGUUCAGGACUUCACCCGUGCUUGGCAUGAAGAUGCCAAUCCCAAGAAAGUUGCUACUUUUCAUAUCAGCCUAAAGGUUGGAAAAGUUGGGAACUAGAACAAGUGAAGGCUUUGCAGGUUCGUUUAGAUGAAACUUCUCAUUUCCUACCGAUUGAGUUCUGUAUCAAACAUCAAAGCCACUAGCUCAUAAUUACAUUAUGUAGGUUUAAUUCCCAAUAAUUAUUGUAAGAAGGUGAAUUCAUAGCCAGUUAAGAGACCUAUAUUCUUUGUCAAACUUUACAUAUAUUAAUUUGCUGGGAAACUUAUUAGAGCUGAAGUUAAUAAAAUAUGCAGCCGGAUGGAAGUCUCUGAACG